CCCCGGCCCCAUCACUUCCUCUCGGCCGCCAUUUUGUCAGUGUGAGGUAGUCACAGACACGAGCCGCGUUCCCGCCGCCGCUGCCGCAGCAGCCAUGGCCGGAGUCCCGGGCCCCGAGGUUUCGGUGUCGUUUGAUGAUGUUGCAGUAAUCUUCUCUGGGGAAGAGUGGGAGCUGCUGAAUAAGCAGCAGAGGGCGCUCUAUAUGGAGGUGAUGAAAGAAAACUACGAGCACUUCAUCUUUUUAGGCUGUAAGGUCCCCAUCAUCCUGUCAUGGCUGCAGAACGCUGAUGUGGCCGCCAAAGAAGCCGCCGCUUGUCCAGCAUUACCUGUCCCGACUGAUGCAAAAGGUCCUACAGCUAGGCGCAAGAGGACAUCCGAUAGCUCUGCAAAGGAGAACAGGGCUGUUAUAACGCAGGAGGCUCCUGCUGAGAAGCCAGCAAAGAAACGCUCAAAAAGAGUCCGAUGGGAUGACAGUCAGGGGGAGCAGAAACUGGUUGCGAGCAGCUAUGAGUCCCAGGGUGAUCCCAUUUUGUCACCUCAUGGCAGGAACCUGAGACAGCGCAAACAGUUCUACUGCUCGGAGUGUGAGAAAUGUUUCAGAUACAACUCUGCUUUGGAAGCCCAUCUCCGGGUCCACAGUGGGGAUAAGCCUCAUAAAUGUGACCUCUGCAAGGAGACCUUCAGUUACAAGUCUGCCCUGAUUGUGCACCGCAGGCAGCAUUCUCAGGCCUCCACAAGCACGGCCGCAGCCAUGCCAACAAGCAGCUUACCAGAAGCUGCUACUGCAGUCGUAGGUAAAAGCUCCACUCCCAAACCCAGUACCAAUACAGCCUCCGUACCAGAUUCAGCAGAUGCCGAGACGGCCUCUAGUACUAGCAGUAACGUGCCUUCAAACUCCAGUGGGGGCUCCCCGUCAGCAUCGGGUGAAAAGCCGCUUAAGUGCAACUUCUGUGAGAAAAGGUUCAAUGACCGUUCAAUUCUGGAAGCCCACCACCGAAUCCACACCGGGAAGCUUGCCUACCCAUGUGCUUUAUGUGACGAGAGUUUCUCCAAGCCAUCUCUGCUGGCAGCCCACAACAAUACACACAAGGAAGGCAAACCAUACCAGUGCGACCAGUGUGACAAGAACUUCAACGACCAAUCUCUCCUUGUCGCCCACAAGAGAACCCACACUGGGGAGAAGCCUCACAAGUGCAGCCACUGCAACAAAUGGUUCCCCAACCGCAGCAGCCUGGUGGAGCAUGAGGAAUGCCACCUGAAGCCCAAGCCAUACAAGUGCCGCCACUGCGAAAAGAGCUUCAACGACAAGUCCUUGCUCAUCACUCACGAGGGAGUGCACACAGACACUAAGCCCUUCAAGUGCCCUCAGUGCAACGAGAGCUUCUUCCUGAAGACGCAGCUGGUGUCUCACCAGGCAACACAUGCCCCCGACAAGCCCUUUCCAUGCAGCCAGUGCGAGAGGAGCUUCAAUAAGAAAGAGACACUACUGGCUCAUAUCAGAGUCCACAAUGUGCAGAACAUGCAGACGCGCAAGCCUCGUAGGCAGUGAGUCUGCCGUGGAUUUGAUCAUAACUUGGCAGAACUCUUCACUGAGAUUGUGUAGCUACCCUUGUUAUGGAAGCUGCCCUAGUUAUGUGCGGCCUAUUAACCUGCAGGGGGCAUCACAUAUUUCUGCCCCGUGUUUGUAUUAUAUGCAUGGUAUACCCUAGGACUGUGUGGACACAGCCCUCCAUUACUUUAUCACAAAUGGCUGUACAGUGGGAUCGGCAUUUAGGAUUGGAGGGCUAGAGUAACAGCUGCAUUUGCUGUAACACUUAAUGGGGGGAACUUCUGUGACGAUGGAGUGAUAAAGAUGGCAAUUAUCGGAGCCGAAGUGACUAACAUGGCGUUAUGUGCUGCUUGUGCUGGCGGUGGAUGUACUAGAACACCCAUUCAUGGCAUGUAGUCUCUGCAAAUACAAUACUAGUGGCUACAGAAGACCUUACCCCUACGCCAUUUUCCCUCCAGCCCCAUCUUCAUAGGUAACUGUUUAAUGUCUACACGGAACACUCUACAGUGUGCCCCCUUACGUGGAGGGACUUUAUGGGAGGUUUUAAAGAUGAUUUUUUUUUUGGGGGGGGGGUGGGGGGGUGUUAUUGUCUAACAAUGGAAUGAUCAGCAAGAACAGUUUUAUGUUUUCACAUUUUUCUUUAUCUUCAGCAUGUGAUCGGACUACGGCAUAAAAUGGUCUCCAGUCACUGACUAUGGGUGCGUCAUAUCUCGUGGCUGGCAGACGGAUGGGUCAUAUCUCGUGGCUGGCAGACGGAUGGGUCAUAUAUCAUGGCUGGCUCAGGCCUCACCAUUGAGACUCAUUGCACUUUUCAGCAAAUGGUUAUUCUCUUGCACAGUGACUUGAACACAGAUUUGUGCGAGUAAAAGGCAGAUGUGCUGCUUCCCGAGCUUUCUGCCAUCUUUGUCACAUCUGAUCAUUUAGCUUCUUGGGGCACUUUUUUUUUUUUUUUCCCCUCUUAUUUGUGGGGUCUAUUAAUGUUUAAAUGGAUUAUACUUUAAAUGUGGUAGCUCCUCUCACAAUAAAUGGUAGUCUGUAGAGAAAUUA